GCCAUCAAUAAUUCACAGCGAAUCAACGAAGGGGCCAUUCAUCGUCUCUCUCUCUCUCGGACCAGAUCGCCGGCGACGACGACGAGAUGACGACCUUCAGCGGCGACGAGACCGCCCCCUUCUUCGGCUUCCUCGGCGCCGCCGCCGCCCUCGUGUUCUCCUGCAUGGGAGCUGCUUACGGGACGGCGAAGAGCGGAGUAGGGGUGGCAUCGAUGGGGGUGAUGAGGCCGGAGCUGGUAAUGAAAUCGAUCGUUCCCGUAGUCAUGGCCGGUGUGCUCGGGAUCUAUGGUCUAAUCAUCGCCGUUAUCAUCAGCACCGGAAUCAAUCCCAAGGCCAAGUCCUAUUACCUCUUCGAUGGCUACGCUCACCUCUCGUCCGGUCUUGCUUGUGGCCUUGCUGGCCUCUCCGCCGGCAUGGCCAUCGGCAUCGUAGGCGAUGCUGGUGUCAGAGCCAAUGCUCAACAACCGAAGCUCUUUGUUGGAAUGAUUCUCAUUCUUAUCUUUGCUGAAGCACUGGCCCUCUAUGGGUUGAUUGUGGGUAUCAUUUUGUCCUCUCGAGCAGGCCAAUCUAGAGCCGACUAGGGACAGUCGACCAAAAACAGGUGGUGUUAUAAGUGGUUUCUCUUAUGUGUUUGCUGGUGCCAGGUCAGCAAAUUAUCAUGCAGUUUUCUUCUGAAGGAUUUUGGACAGCGUCAUGCUUAUUAUGCAACUGAGCAUUUGAAGCGACUUGCCUAGUAGAUUUUGGUCUGCAUGCAAAUAAAGAUCACAUAUCAUUUUAUUUGAUGUAGCAUUCAAGUUGAAAACUUCAAUUUUUAUACUAGAGACUUCAUAACUUUGCCCAAACGUUUAUUGUUCAAAUUUGUUUAUGAUUUCCAUUUUGAUGAUUAAUACAUGACAUAAAUUGAAAC